UCAACUUAUUAUUACUCCCACCUUAAAUAAAUACGUACGGUGUAAAUAGAUACCCACCCGCAGAUUAAUUCGUUUCUGCACCAAAGGAGCGAAUAAAGAUUAAAAUAAAUAAAUAAAAAAAGAAGAAAGAAAUCAAAAAGAAAGAAAGAUGCUGGCGCUGCUGGGGUGUGCGGUGUCCCACGUGUCAUCGCGGUCGCCCAUCCGGACGUACAAGAAAUCCGGCAGCCUGAUGGAGGAUCUGGAGAAGUCCAUGUUCUCCGCCCGGAGCAGCGCCGCGUCGACGGGAUGUCUCAACGGCGGCGCUGACACGAAGCCUUCGUCGCAGGACCAGCAGUCGGCCGCCGCCGCAGCAAACAACAAAGUGAUGGUUGUGGUCAACCAUAGCCCGGAGGCCGAACACGCGCUGCAGUGGGCUCUCACCCACACCAUCCAAACCCACGAUGUGGUCGUUCUCCUCCACGUCACCCGACCCUGUAAACAAGGUGGGAACUCGAAUAGUGAACACAAUAAUGUGAGGGCCGGCCAUGACGUUCUCUGUAAAAUGGAGAGCAUUUGUCAAGCAAUGAGACCCGGGGUUCGGGUGAACUGUGUGCUGCAACAAGGGAAGGAGAAGGGGAGUGUGAUAGUGGAAGCAGCGAAGCAGCAGGGAGUGAGCCUGCUGGUUUUGGGCCAGAAGAGAAGAUCCAAGCUGUGGCGCCUCCGCAUGGCCUGGUCCACUCGGAGGGCCCAAUCUAAGCUCAUCAACCACUGCAUCCAUAACGCCGCCUGCAUGGCCAUCGCCGUCCGCCGCAAGAACCGGAAACACGGCGGCUAUUUGAUCACCACCAAGAGCCACAAGAACUUCUGGCUUCUGGCUUAAUAAUCUCACCGGCCUAUUCAUUCUUUCAUUCAUACAUACAUCCCUCCAUCUUUUUUGGUUUCUUUAUUGUUCUAGCUAGCCACACUUAAUGUUGCAUUUGUUUUUUUUUCCAACUUGGAACAUUAUAUAUAUGCUCAAGUAAUUAUUUUGAGACACAUUUUAGUGUCCCUUUUGUAUCAGUGUCUCCGUCCUUUAAAGAUGUUCCUAUUAUGACUUUUAGAAAAUUUAAGGGAGGAUUACUUUUGUGUUGAUCGACUUUCUAAAAAAUCCUUGAUGUGAUGGGUAAAAGUAAGAAGUGAUGAUUAGAUUAUUAGUAAAAAAAUAUGAUGUGAUAAAUAAGUUUUGAUUUA